AGCAUUGAUGACCACAUCCAUCUGCCGGCGUGUAAUCGGGCGUGAAAUCGUGUGAUUUCGCGACAUGAUUGUGGCGGACGAUAAUCCGCGUCACAUUAGUAUGAGUAUUGUAAUUUGAUCCGUCUGUAUUCUCUUUGUUUUUUUUUACCCUCACGAAACACAUACGGUCGCGAAAGAAGCGACAAAGGAAAGACGGAACGCGACAGAGGCGCGGUGCUGCGCGCGAGAAUGAGUCUUAGUCUGACAAGGUUGUUCUCGAAGAAGAGGAGCAGUCCUGUGGUCGACAACACCGUGGCCGCGGAGAUCGGACUGCCGACCAAUGUCUCUCAUCAGUUCCACGUGAGCAAGAAUGCGGAGACUGGUCAACUGGAGGGCCUGCCAGAUUCAUGGAUACGUCAGCUCAACACGCAGAUCUCGAAAUCGGAGCAGGACGAGCAUCCGGACGCCGCGCUGCAGGCUAUCAAGUUUUACAACUAUUCGAUCAAGCGCAGACCGCAGGACCAGGAGGUUUUCAAGCCGUUCAUCACGCAGGAUCUCAUCGAGGAGGAAUCGCAGGAGAUUGACAAUAUCUUGAAAAAGAAAUAUCAGUCGGAUGGCUCCGACUAUGACAGCUUGAUCUCCGAGAAUUUGGCAUUUGAUGAAUUGAAGAAGAACAGAUUGCCCGAACUUCCACCGAAGGUAAACAAACCGCCUAAACCACUGCCUAAACCAGCGCCCCGCAGAUGUAACGACAGAGCGGAGAAGACCCUCACUGAAAUACUGGAAGAUCUGAAUACAUUCGAGAUAGAUGACGAUUUGUCACCGGAAGCAGAGGAAGAGGAGGCCGUUACAACGACCAGAGUCGAGGAAAGUCCCAUACUGCGGCGGAAAACUGAGUGUACCGGUGCGAGACUCAACGAAGAACAAGUAUACGAGGAACUCAGAGCUAUCUGCCAAUGCGGAGAUCCUAAUUUACGCUUCGAGAGAACUAAAGAGGUGGGCGCUGGUGCUUCAGGUACUGUGUUCAUAGCCGCCGACCUUCAGUACAGUCAGAAAGUAGCCAUAAAGGACAUAGAUUUGUCGAAGCAACCAAAGAAGGAGCUGAUAUUAACUGAAAUCAAGGUUCUCAAAGAGUUUCAGCAUCCGAAUCUGGUCAACUUUCUCGACGCUUACCUCGUGGAUGAACAUCUUUGGGUGGUCAUGGAACUGCUGGAAGGUGGGCCGCUCACAGACGUGGUCACCGAGACUGUGAUGAAGGAAGUUCAAAUUGCAGCCGUCUGCAGAGAGGUCCUCAAAGCAAUAAGUUUUCUGCACACUAGAGGCAUUAUUCACAGAGACAUUAAAUCGGACAAUGUGCUGUUGGGGAUGAACGGUACGGUGAAAGUUACAGACUUUGGUUUUUGUGCUAAUAUCGACGGUGACGAGAAGCGACAGACUAUGGUCGGCACUCCAUACUGGAUGGCACCGGAGGUGGUGACGAGAAAGCAGUAUGGCAAGAAAGUGGACAUCUGGUCGUUAGGCAUAAUGGCUAUCGAAAUGAUAGAAGGAGAACCACCUUACAUGAAAGAGACGCCGUUGAGAGCGUUGUAUUUAAUCGCUGCCAUUGGUAAACCUUCCAUUCCGAGAUGGGAGAGCCUCAAUCCCAUGUUUCAAAACUUUCUAGAAAGAUGCCUCGCUGUAGAAGUCGAUGACAGAGCAACAGCUGAUGAAUUACUCUCUCAUCCAUUCCUAGAAAACUGCGCAGAAUUAUCUACGCUCACUCCAUUGAUUCGCGCAGCGCAGAAAAUUCUUCACAAAGCGUAUUAAAUAUUUUCAAAGCAUUUCCACCACAUUGAUAAUAUGUUGAUUCAUGAUGCUUUGCACACACACAUUGCUCUGCUUAUAUGUAAUAAUGAAAACUAGAAGAAAAUAUUUUCCUAAUCGAGAAAUUAUGAAAAAGGUAUUUUGUAAUUAUUAUUUUAUUUGAUUCUGACAUUUCAAAUUUUUUUAACUGCCCAUUGUUUUUAAUCUACUGCGCUGGUUUAAUAAUGUGCAUAAAACUAAAGCACUGGUAGUUUCAAGAUUAUUUUAUUCAAAGGAUAUUAACACAUUUAAAAAGAUCAUAGUCAUCUUUUAUUUGUACUACAUAAUUACAUCAUAAUUUUUGUUGAAAAUUUGUAAACAUUUAAAUCUAUUUUGAUUUCUGAAUUUAUUCUGUCAUCUAUUUUGUCAGCUGCAAUAUGAUUUAUAAUUCAGGGUUUUACAUAAACUUGAGUUUAUGCUGCAUGACAUAAUACUAAUGUGCGUUUUGCCAUUUAAUCUAUCAGAAUGUUCCAGCUGUAAAUAAUUGUGGAUAGAAUGGAAUUUUUACAUCUCUUUUGAGGAGUGAAAUGUAUAUUUAAAAUAUAGUAUUUUUAUAGUACUGGCCAUAAAAGAUGUAACACAGAAUUUCAUAUUUUCUUAAAAAUUGUACUUAUACAUCACUAAACACCAAGAUAUAGUAAAAAUAAUAAAAUCAAUCAUAUAGCCAUUGAUGUCAAUGAAUAAAAUUGCAUUCAAUUUCAAAUUGGCA